CUUAUUCCUCUCAGGCUAAUUGUUGAUCAUGUGGCUCUGGGGCACUUUGUUAAUUCAAUUUUCGAUCCCAAAACCUUAAUUUUUUUGUAAAUCAGUUUUUGUGGACGCGUGGGAGUCGUAGUAGACCCUGGGACGUGGUUACCGGUUACCUUCCUUAUAAAACAUUCUCCUGUUACCGGGUAUCACCUAUCCACUAGCAACUAGUACUAACACAGCAGUAUUUUUUUUCCUUUUCUGAAUUCAUCAAUCUCAGCGCUUAACAAAAUACUUUUCUCAUAAUUCCACAUAUUUGCAGCCAACAUUACGUUCUUUUUCUCUGCCGUCCUCAGGCUCUCCAACAUGCCCAUACAUCCCAGACCUAUUGUUUUCUGCGGCCCUUCUGGCUCUGGCAAGAGUACUAUUGUCACUAGAAUGAUGCAAGAAUUUCCAGAUACAUUUGGCUUUAGUGUAAGUCAUACGACCAGAAAACCAAGGCCAGGAGAAAUUGCCGGAAAGCAUUAUCAUUUCACCAAUAAAGAAACAAUGCAAAAGGCAAUUGAAGAUGGGAAAUUUAUCGAAACAGCCACUUUUAGUGGUAAUCUGUAUGGAACUAGUAGAGCUUCAGUUGAUGCAGUUACAGAUGAGGGAAAGGUGUGUGUCUUGGAUAUUGAUGCACAAGGAGUCAAGCAGAUCAAAAAUACGACAUUAAAACCCUGGUAUGUUUUUGUUGAACCACCAUCCCUGGAAGAAUUAGAGAGGCGUUUAAGAGCUAGAAACACAGAGAGUGAGGAAAGCUUGAAACAAAGAUUGACUGUUGCAAAUGAAGAACUGAAUUAUGGUAGAAGCCCCGGAACAUUUGACCUAAUAAUCACUAAUGAUACAUUGGAACAUGCAUACUGCAAACUGAAGACGUUUUUACUUGAAAAAGUUUUAAAUGAUCGCCAUACGACUAAUGGAGUAGCCUAAACAGUUUUAUCGGUGCGCAAGCAAUGACCUAAUACUACCAGACAUAGCAUUCAUAGAAUAAUACCCUCUGUUGUGUUGACAUGUUUGUAGGCAAGGGGUGUGCGAGAUGCAAGAUGCUAGCGGGUCAUGGUAGGGACUUUCAUAUUUAUAUGUUGGUCUUUUUUUAACCUUUAACCGAAUUACUACAACUCGCGGAGUUUAGAUUUCGCGCAGUGCUACCAAAUAUUAUUCAAGAGUACGACCCGAGACCUUUGGUACAAAAUAAAGAAAAAAAUAUUCACAGGACUAAAUCUGGCCUUUUACCGGUAAGGGAUUUUGGACAAAGUAAGCAUCAGAAAUGUUGUCAACACCUAUUUGUGUUUAUUUUGUACAAUUCUUGUCCUUGUCCAGUGGACUUGAUACUAUUUUUUCGUUCUUGGGUAUUAUGUGGACCAAUGCAACCAAUGCUAUUUAUGCAACAAGUGUGUAAAGCGUAAUUGUCAAAAUUCACAUUCGUGAAAAAAGAUGCUUUACACACAUAUUGCAUAGAGAAAAUUUUCUGCUACCAAUAAAAUAUGUUUAAAAAAAUAGAUUUAGUAGUAAUUUACUAGAAAAAUACUAAACUUACAGUGUCGACAUCAGUCAUUGACAUGACUUUACGCAGUAGUAUGUAGAGUGGAUUACUUUACGGACUAGUGCUUGAAGUGAAAUUUUAUAUCUUUUGAGCAGUGCGUAAAGUGAGUAGGUACUUCAUGCAUAGUAAUAGAAAAAAAUUAUUUCCUUUUCCAGGCUGUAACCAAUUGAAACAGGAUAAAUUUAGUGCUAUUAAAUGAAUAGAAAUCUUGCAGAGAGUAAUUAUAACUUUUUUCAAAAUCAAAUUGAGCUCAAACAAUAAAUAUUCACAAAACAAAACCAACAGAGGUGAUCCUCAAAUUGGGAAAAUUCAAUAAUCCCCAUAAUUUGUGUUUAUAAUUCCGUUUAUCUGUGAUAUUAGGUCAUUGUGAGCAACUUAUUGAUAAGCAUUUUAUUUGAAACAUACAUUCCCUGGUGAAAAGAACAAGUCAUUAAUAUACUUUCAAAAUGUUAAGAGAGAAGCAACAAAUAUUGAAAAUAUUAACUGUAAAAAGUUUCUAUUUAAGAUUUCUUGUUGUUUCAGAGAGUGUAGUUACCAGCUCUAGCGAUAUAUUUUUACAUAAUAUGUUUCUUUUGAUACAAGUAAUAGGUUUUUAGUUUUAAGGGUGCAAAAAUUGCAAUAGGCUUUUAGGUUUAGGGAAAAUUGUUAAAUGAUAAUUAUUUUCAAGAGAUUUAAAAAUGUUCGAAUGUCAAUCAUUCUUAGAGGAAAAGUACUCCAAUUUGCUUUAGUUUCACUUUGAUUCAUUUAUUAGCAAGUUUACUUUUGUUUUGUUUUGGCCAAGAAGCUAUUAUUUUUAAUGAACUUCAAAGUAGAAUAAUUCUAUUCGUUCUUAAAUGUAGAUAUUCAAGGUGCGGUUACUUUCAGGUUGGUAAAAUUUAGUAUUUAUUUUGGUGAUUUUAUUAUUAAGAAGCUAUUAUUUUUAAUGAACUUCAGAGUAGAUUAGUUCUAUUUUAUGUACCACAUCACACAGUGAUAUGCUGCUCCUUGUGCAUAUCUCCUGGCCCAUUCAGGUUUUAUGAGGGUGUUUUUCCCACAGACUAGGUUAAUAUUGAAUUUACACAUUUUUUUUUUUUUUUGAGAAAGUAACUUUGAAGGAGAAAAUUUGUGUUUUUCAAUUUAUUUAAAGCGUUAAAUGCUUGAAGUUCUUGUUUAAGUUCAACAAUGAAUGGUCCAAGAUGAUAAAAUCAUUGUUUUUGAAGAAUACAUAGCUAUAAGUUAUUAUUUAAACCAAGUUACUAUCAGAUUUUUUUUUACAUAAUUCGAAAGUCUUCAAACUAGUUUACAAUUUAUUAUAAACAAUCCGCCAAAUUUAUUGUUGAAGCCAAAAUUUUGAUAUUAAAGAUACUAAAUAUUUUUCAGCUAAUAUAUUCAACUGUUACAGCAUAAUUAUAUGUAGUUUAUAGUGAUUUGAAAAAAGUAUUCUAUGCUUAUUGUUAAAAAUUGAAAACAGUAUUUAAAUGUAUAUUUCAACACUAGCGUUAACAUCUAGUCUAUUUAAUAAUUAGUGGUGCAUGUACUUUGUAUAGCCAAUUCUAUUGCCUAUUAACAAUAAAUAGUCAUAUUAUUUGCUAAUAAGAAAAUAUUUUUAGUUUCUUAGAAAACCAGUAUUUAGAAAGUAUUUUAUCAAUUAGGUACUAAGUAAUUUCUUGGGGAUGGAUUUAUCUUAUACUUAGGCCCCAAAAAUUGCACCUUUCUAAUUUUUUUCUAUAGGAUAUUUCUUUUGGCACUAGAGAGUAAAGUUUAGUAUGCAGUAUGAAAAAUAUAUUCCAGUUUUUUUCUAUUUGUUUUACAGGGCGCUCAGCCACAUUUGAGUCGCGUAAAUUAUGCCAACUAAUAUGUGUAUCAUUCUCUAUUGCAUUUUGACUGGGCAUUUCCAUAUAGUUUAGACUCACCUCUCGCCUCGGAAAGAAAAGUUCAUUUCUCAGUGGGUACUCUUAAAUUACUAUGGGAUUAAAUUUUUUUACAGUAGCUGAGACUGAUUUUCAUGUAUGAUUGUGAUUAUGCUUUAUAGAAUUCGAUUUGGUUCAGUUACCAGUAGUAUUUUGUUGAUGCAGAUUGAUUUUCAAUACAGUGUAUUAUUAUGUUAGAUAGAUAAUCGCUUUGCUGCAUUUCAUUUACUUUAGGUUAGAAGUUUUAACUUGGCAUUGUAAUAUAAUAAUUUUAAAAUAA